GGUCCUUCUCAGGUUCUGUGGGUGCUGUGGUGGUCGUGCUGCCCACAGGAGCUCCUGCUGGCGUCCACUAUGGCCUGCUGCCCCUGCGUUGCUUCUUCAUCAAUUACCUCUCCUUGGACUGCACCAUGUUGGAAUGGUUGGACGUGUUGGUACAAGGGGCUGUCAAUCUUGGAAGAAACGAUCAAGAUUGACAUAAAGGAGCUACCUGAGGAAAUUGAGACUUUGACAUACAGUGCCAAUAUCAACAAAAUGAUAUACUCAUGGUGUAUGUGUGCUGACUUAAUGGACCUUACGGAACAUAUUUCUAGGGUUGCUGCUAGGUUUAGUUUUUCUACUAUAAUCUCAAAACAUUGGUACCACAGUGCACGUGAGAGUUCCUCUUCCGGUGGUGUUGUGAUGCCCACUCCGCUGCUGCUGCUGGUGCCGCCGGCGUCCGUACAGCUGACCCCCCUCCUUUUUUUUUUAAAAAAAAUAUCUUCGACUGGGAACUCUCCUAAAGCACCACGUCCCCCAUUGGCGUGGCACACAAGGUCACCAUCCUUUUCUGGUCGUGGUGCCCACUGGCGGUGCUGUCCACCGGAGCUCCUGCUGGUGCUCCUGCCGUCCACUACAGCCUGCUGUCCCGGCCUUCUUCGACUCGGACCUCUCCUACAGCACUGUGUCCCCCAACCGGAACGUCUCUCUUUCUCCAUCAGUUAUACUCUCUAUUUUCCUUCAACUACUACAUGGUAUGUCCCUGUACCAGUGAUGCCCUCCGGUGGUGGUGGUGCUGCGGUGUGCAGCCCCUGCCUUUUUUGACUGGGACGUCUCCUACAGCACCGCGUCCCCCAUCAGAAGGCUGGAACGGCUGGACUUUUUGGUACCAAGGGGCUUGCAACAACAUUUGUUUGUUUAUCCCCCGUCUUUCUCAUGUUCCCAAUCAGGGUCCAAGAAAGGAUUGCGAUUGACAUAAAGGAGCUGCCUGAGCAGAUUGACACUUUGACAUACAGAUAAUGAGGACUGGCUGACAUUGCCGGGUUAGCUAGAAGACCCUGAGACGAGGAGGUGCCUUGCUCGGUCGAGCAUUCAUAACACUUUAGCUCUGAGCCAAGAAGAAUAUCGUAUCUCAGCAUGUGUUGUGUAUGUAACCAUACCAGAUUUGACUGCAGAAACUUUGAUGUUGUGUAUCAAGUUUCCUUGGCAAUCAGUAUUUGGUAUUGCGGAAUUUAUCUUGAUUAAACUUAUGGUUGAUCUUAAUUGUAGAUACCUCAAGUAUUUUUGUCACUCACUACUUUCUUAUGUGAUCUGGAUGUGAGAUAAUUAUGCAAGGUCAUUCUGAAUCUUUUAA